GAAAGAGGCAGUUGAAGAAGUAUGUUAGAAGGCAGUUUAUGAUAUAGUGGUUGAGAAGCUUGACUGAGAAAAUGCAUAGAGAAGUGCAAUAGAAUUCUCAAGACAUGUAAUCAGUUUAAAGUGAGAUUAGAUGGCAAAGCUGAGAGUCCAUUUCCACCAGUUGCCAAUAGCUCCAGUGCCUGUGCCAAGUUAGGUAUAGCUUAAUCUAUUCUGGGCUGUGCUCCAAAACUAUAGUGAAAAGAUCUUAAAAUAAAUUUAAGGGGACUGUUUGCUGUGAUUUAACAGGAUGAUGUGGAACAUACAUAAAUAGCAUCAUUCUUAAAGUGCAAAUAAUUGCAGUGAUCGUAAAUCCAAUCCUGACACCUCAAUACAAUUUAGAGAAGAGGCAAAGAGAUACAGGAAGGUAAAGGAAAUGUACGUGUGAAUUUACAUUGUCCACAGAUGAAUCAUCAAGAAAAACCUCCAGAAUACAACCUAACAGAACUGAUGGAAUUUGUUGUCUUGGGCUUUGCUGAUAUGCCCCAUCUCCAGUGGUUUCUUUUUGGAUUAUUUUUAAUCAUCUACAUCAUUAUCCUGAUGAGCAAUGGCACUAUAUUUCUAAUAACAAAAAUGGAUCCCGCUUUCCAGAGCCCUGUGUAUUUUUUCCUGGCAAAUUUUUCCUCCUUGGAAACCUGCUAUGUAUCAGCUACUCUCCCCAGAAUGCUGAUGAAUCUUGGGAUGCAGAGAAGAACAAUCUCCUUAGGUGGCUGUGCUACACAGAUGUGCUUUGUCCUUAUAUUUGGAGGCACAGAGUGUUUAUUCCUUGCAUUGAUGGCCUAUGACUGUUACGUGGCCAUUUGCAACCCUCUUCAAUAUCCUCUAGUCAUGAACCACAGGGUCUGUAUCCACUUGGUGACUGGCUCCUGGACCACUGGGAUUCCUGUUAUGAUUGUGCAGACGUAUCAGAUUUUCUCUCUGCCUUUUUGUGGACCUAACAAAAUUAACCACUUCUUCUGUGACAUUUUCCCAAUACUCAAACUGGCUUGUGGGGACACUUUUGUAAAUGACAUGUUGGUCUACACAGUUGCUGUGUUAUUUGGCAUGGUUCCAUUUCUGUUGAUACUUGGUUCCUACAGUAAAAUCAUGUCCAUUAUCCUGAAGUUGCCAUCAGCCACAAGUCGAGCCAAAGCCUUCUCUACCUGCUCGUCUCAUCUUAUGGUUGUGGUGUUAUUCUUUGGAUCAGCCGUUAUUACAUAUUUAAGGCCCAACACCAGCCACUCAGAGGGAACUGACAAAGUACUUUCUCUUUUCUACACUAUCCUAACUCCUAUGUUUAAUCCCAUGAUAUAUAGUCUAAGGAACAAGGAUGUCAUAAUAGCACUGAGAAAAUUGCUAUGUAAAUAAUUCACUUCAUUAAAGAACAUAUUAAAUGUAUAAGAAUUGCUUUCUUAUAUAUUUUGUAUCAAAUUUCAACCGAUGUACUAUAAGUGUGUUAUGGAUUGAACUGUGUCCCCCAAAAACAUGUGUCAACUUGGCCAGGUCAUCA